AUGUACAAAAGAAAAAGGACACAAAACGAGGCUCUGAAGAGGUCUGCGGAAAAGGCUGCCCAGGCCGCGGCCAGCCAGGCCCGGCAGACAGAGCUGAACUCUGGCAUCGAUGGGGAAUGGGAGCUGAAGGUCACCUCCAACCAUCCCAAGGUCAAGGGGAUGAAAGGUAAGCUGAAGAUGGGUGAGGUUGGCGGGCCGUAUUUCGAUGACUACGAAGACUACGUCGACUUCGGGGACGGAGUCUACUUCGGCGGCCUGCAGAACUUCAAAGGGAAGAGCAGCGUGGAAGACAGGGUCAUGCAGAUAGAGACCAAGUGGAAGUUCUGUGGGAGAAGAGUAACCGGCCUCCUGCGAGUGAGGGUCGGGGAGGACGGGGAUGGCAGACAGUUUGUGGAGGGGUCGUUCAAGGCCGGUGCCCAGGAGAGGAACUGGCCCGUCACGCUGCAGUUCACGGGCCACAGAAAGGGGGAGCUGCAGGAUGAUGAUGAUGAUGAUGCAGAGCCGGAGGGAGAUGAGAAUGACCAGGAGGGCCUGUGUGCCUUUCUGACUGAGCUGGAGCAAGCAGGCUGAUAAAAAAAAAUGAGUUUCCGAAAAUAGUUUUGCAUCAGGUUGAUGGAGGGUAGGAUAUUGGGGUUUUCUUUUCCACAACCGAACCAACUGGGACUAGUUACCAUGGUGACAGACAUCUGGUUCAGGUCAUUGACCUUAUUCAUUUGGAGAAGAAGAGGAAGAAGA